GGGCUGGACCGGUUGUUAGGUGUGGUUUAUCCGUGUGUAUAAAUACACGAGCGUUGCUCUUAAUAUUCCCCUCUGCAUCACAGAGAAACCCAAUCGGGACAGACUGACCCCAGCUCCAGAAUGUCCUUCAUUCAAGAGUUCCUCAAGCAGACCGUCUAUCUGGGCAUGCCCGAUGACUCAACCUUGCCCAAUGAGGGAACUGUAAAGCCAGACCCCCACUUCAGUGCCAGUGGUGAUGCAGGCAUAUUGGAUAAGGCCAUCAAAGCUAAAGGUGUGGAUGAACACACCAUCAUCGACGUCCUGGUGAAGAAGAGCAACGCUCAAAGACAGGAGAUCAAAGAAGCUUACCAAAAGGCCAGCGGGAAGCCGUUGGAGGGGGCUCUGAAGGCAGCCCUGAAGGGGGAGCUGGAGGACGUCGUUCUGGCUCUGCUGAGGACGCCAGCCCAGUACGAUGCUCAGCAGCUUAAACUGGCCAUGAAGGGUUUGGGAACAGAUGAGGACACUCUGAUUGAGAUCUUGGCUUCCAGAACCAACAAGGAGAUUGUCAAGAUAAGGAGCGCUUACAAAGAAGAAUUUAAGAAGGAACUGGAGGCUGACAUCAAGUCGGACACAGGCGGAGACUUCCGGAAUGCCCUUCUCUCACUUUGCAAGGCGGCCAGGAGCGAGAGCCUGACUGUGAACGACGAGCAGGCGGACAGCGACGCCAGGGCCAUCUACGAGGCCGGAGAGAAGAAGAAGGGCACCGACUGCUCCGUCUUCAUCGACAUCCUCACCACCAGGAGCGCCCCCCAGCUGCGGAAAGUGUUUGAAAGGUACUCCAAGUACAGCAAGGUGGACGUGGCUAAAGCCAUUGAUCUGGAGCUCAAGGGGGAUAUUGAGAGCUGCUUGAUUGCGACAGUGAAGUGUGCUGGAAGCAAGCCGGCCUUCUUUGCUGAAAAACUCAACUUGGCCAUGAAGGGUUCUGGAACCCGCACCAAGAUUCUGACUCGAAUUAUGGUGAGCCGUUCAGAGGUGGACUUGACCCGGAUCAAGCAGGAGUACAAGAAGAUGUUUGGCAAAACCCUGUAUCAGGACAUUCUGGACGAUACUAAAGGAGACUAUGAGAGGAUCCUCCUGGCUCUCUGUGGAGAAAACUGACCUGGAUGAAGCGCUUCUACAGUCACCAGGGCAACGUGUAGGAACUGCCCCGGAACUCCUCUCUUCUCAAGUGGCAAACCCUGUAUAUGUCUUUACCCCCACUGCAAAGAGUUAGAAACCCUGACAAUCAAGUUUUAGUCAGGGCGUGAUGUUGAAAAGUUGCGAGUGUCACUGCAGGUAAACCAAUAAACAGCAUGUUGGUGUAUGAUGAUGAUGAUGAUGGGCCUGUCCAUCUUGUUGGAUGGGUAAAGGAUGGAUGUUGGCAUGGCUGUGGUCCCAACAGGGCAUCAGUACCGUGUCCAUGUUAGGGGCUUGGGUGGAAUGCACAUAGUGACCCAGAGUAUCACACUGAUGGUGUGGCAGGGUUUGCUUACUGGAAAAGAAUACCUUCUGUCAAUAAAGCUUUGUUAUAUUGUU